AUGGACACUUCUUCCUUCCAGGCCGUCCAUCUACUUCAGCACACCGCCGGUGUCGAUUCACACAGAACACGCAGCCGCCAUCGGACCUCCGUCGCUGUCGCGUCGCGCCGCAGUAUGCCGCUUCAUAGCAUCGUCACCUUCAGUAGACGCGACUCCUCGUCGCCGGCUCGCUGCCUCGUCUAUGUCAGACGGAUCGACGCCUCGUCUCCAUCCACAAGAACAUAUCUUCGUCUCCCGUCCAUCACAGCGUCGCAAAGCCGUCGUCCACCGCCGCGUCUCUUCAGUUCCGUCAGCCGUCGUGUCGCCUCACCGCCGCGUCACUUCGGUUCCGUCAGCCGUCAACCGCUGUGUUGCCUCGCCUCCGUCAGUGGCUGCCUUUGGUCGGAGUUUAGCUUCAUUGGAGGAGGAGCUCAAACACCUUCGUCUACGCGAUGCAAAGUCGACCCAAGUAGUUAUGGCGGAGGUGUGUGGAUGUUGUGCAGAGAGGGGGCAUAG